UUAUGAAACGAAGAAGAAAUCUCGCGAGAUUUAGUGGCUUCACCUCACAGUCUCGCACACAGUCGUGUCUUACGGUCACGAAAAGCGUUGUAAAGUAAUUUCAGGGAUAGAAACUAUUUGUCAGUGACAGAAAUAGUAAAUAUGUGAUAUCUGAUAUUACAAUACUGUCGCUACUACUUAUUAAAUCUGGCUUUUUAAGAGAUACAGCGGAGAUGCUAGCCGGUCGCUAGCUGAAUGCUAACGUUAACGUCGCUUGGGACAACGUGUGCUCAUUGAUUCCGUUUAUUAGGCUCCUCUUAUUAAAAAUGAAGUGUCACUAUGAGGUGUUGGGUGUGAAACGAGACGCGGGAGACGAGGAUUUGAAGAAAGCUUAUCGUAAAUUAGCCUUGAAAUGGCAUCCAGAUAAAAACUUGGACAAUGCAGAGGAAGCAGCGGAGCAGUUCAAGUUGAUUCAGGCAGCUUAUGACGUCCUGAGUGACCCACAGGAGAGAGCCUGGUAUGACAAUCACAGGGAGGCUUUGCUGAAAGGAGGGCUGAGUGGGGAUUAUGAAGAUGACAGCAUUGACCUGCUGCAGUACUUCACUGUCACCUGCUACUCCGGUUACGGAGAUGACGAGAAGGGCUUUUACACCGUUUACAGGAAUCUUUUUGAGUCCAUUGUUAAGGAGGAGUUGGAGCACAGCAAGGUGGAAGAUGAGGAAGAGGAAGAGGAGUUUCCUCCCUUCGGAGACUCGCAGAGUGAUUACGAUACUGUAGUGCAUGUGUUUUAUGGCUACUGGCAGAGCUUCUGCACUCGUAAAAACUUUGCUUGGAAGGAGGAGUAUGAUACAAGGCAGGCCUCCAACCGCUGGGAGAAGAGGGCCAUGGAGAAGGAGAACAAAAAGACUAGAGAAAAGGCUCGAAAGGAGCGCAACGAUCUGGUGCGACAACUGGUGGCCUUUGUCCGUAAGCGCGACCGCCGCGUGCAAGCCCACAGGAAGCUGGUGGAGGAACAGAACGCCGAGAAGAUUAAGAAGGUCGAGGAGCUGAGACGGCAGCAGAAGCUCAAACAAGCCAAACUGGCAGAGGAGUACAAGGAGCAGAGCUGGGCGGCCAUGUCUGAACUUGAGAAGGAGCUGCAGCAGAUGGAAGCUCAGUACGGGAAAGAGUUUGGAGAUGCAUCGGAAAGUGAAGAGGAGGAGCUGGAGAAGAACAGUGAAGAAGGAGGAGAAGCAGAGCAGCUGGAUGGAGACGAGUUGACGAUUGACGAUUACGAUGAUCUGUACUGCCCAGCAUGUGAUAAAUCCUUCAAGUCAGAUAAAGCUAUGAAAAACCAUGAAAAGUCUAAAAAGCAUCGGGAGAUGGUGGCCUUGCUGAGGCAACAGCUGGAGGAAGAAGACGAUGCACUUGGUUUGAACCUGGAUGGAAAGGAGGGAAGCGAGAAUGAAAAUGAAGGGGAAGAGGAGGAAGAGGAAGAAGAGGAAAAGCCAAGGCAAAAGCUGUCCAAAAAACAAAAGAGGAAAAGAAAACAGCAGAAAACGGUCCCCCAAAGUGCUCCAGGGGAGGAAGACAAGGAAGAACCAACACUGACCACCUGUGAGGAGGAAGCCUCCAAGAAGUCAGCAGACCGCACAGAGCCUGAGAAGCAGGAUGAUCUGUCUCCCACAGAGGGCAAGAGCACUGGAAAGACAAAGGGAAAGAAGGGAGGAGGAAAAGACAAACCAAAGAAUGUCAAGCUGCACACAGACCAGUUUCCUGAGAAGGAAGUAAAUCUCUGCUGUGUUACCUGCAACAACGAGUUCCCCACAAGAAACAAACUGUUUGACCAUCUGAAGUCCAGCGGCCACGCUACAGCCCUCACCGGAAAUGCUUCUCACAGUUCCAUGAGCAAAAGCAAAAAAGACAAGAAGAAGAACAGAUAACGCAUCAUCACCUGGACUUUUGAACCUGAAAAAGUUUGACUCAGCAGGGACGAUGAAAAAGGCUUUAAAAAAAAGUCCUUGAAAGCGGUCUAAAGUGGACAGUACUGGCUGACUCAGCAGAUAGCUUUUUUUUUUUUUAAAAAUGACACUAUGAUGUUCAGUGAUGUAGUUGUGUGAAAAAGUGAAUCAUCCACAUUGGAAUGAUUGAAACUUCCUGAGCAGCCCUUCAGCACAUUUCUCUGUAGCUUAAAACAGUCUUCAUACUGAAACCAGUAUCCGGAUGUGUAUAGGAUGCUCUCAUCCCCAUUAUCAAAUCUGUACUUCUCCAGGAAACCUCUCUCCUUGUUUGCCUGUAUCGGUAUUACUAAUAAAGGUGAUGCUGCGGGUUGGUAUA